GUUAGGCAAGUAUCAGAAUACAGUACAGAAAGGAAAAAGGGAACUGAUGGAUGCAUCUCGAUUCAUAUGUUGAUGGAUUAAUUAAAUUCAUUUAUUCCCUUUUCCUAAGAAUAUGGAUUAAAAAAAAUGAUAAAAGGCUAACAGUUUUUUUUUUUUAUUUUAUGACUUGAUUGACUCCAUUAUGAUUUUGCAUUUUAACCUAUUUAUUCAUUUAAUCUGAUCAACAUAACUCAACAAUUAUACAUCUUACUUUAUAUAUACAUUUAUAUGAUUAUUUUACGAAUUUACAGCAAUGGGUCGUGUCAUUCGUGCUCAGAGAAAGGGUGCUGGAAGUAUCUUCAAAUCUCACACUGUCGGCCGUAAAGGUGCCGUCAAGUUGAGAGUUUUCGACUUUGCUGAACGUCAUGGUUAUAUCCGUGGUAUCGUUAAGGAUAUUGUUCACGAUCCCGGAAGAGGUGCUCCUCUUGCCAAGGUUGUCUUCCGUGACCCUUACAAAUAUAAGCUCCGUACCGAAACCUUCAUUGCCACUGAAGGUAUGUACACUGGUCAAUUCAUCUAUGCUGGUAAGAAGGCUGCUUUGAACAUUGGUAACGUUAUGCCCUUGUCCUCCAUGCCUGAAGGUACCGUUAUCUGUAAUGUCGAAGAAAAGGUCGGUGAUCGUGGUUCCAUUGCUCGUACCUCUGGUAACUACGCUACCGUCAUCGGUCACGGUGAUGAUGGUAAGACUCGUAUUCGUCUUCCCUCUGGUGCCAAGAAGGUCAUUCCUUCUACCUCUCGUGCCGUCAUUGGUAUCGUUGCCGGUGGUGGUCGUAUUGAUAAGCCUAUGUUGAAGGCUGGUCGUGCUUUCCACAAGUACAGAGUUAAGCGUAACAGCUGGCCCAAGACUCGUGGUGUUGCCAUGAACCCCGUUGAUCACCCUCACGGUGGUGGUAACCAUCAACACAUUGGUAAGGCUUCUACUAAGGCUCGUGACUCUCCUGCUGGUCAAAAGGUUGGUUUGAUUGCUGCCCGUCGUACUGGUCUUCUCCGUGGUACUAAGAAGAUUAAGGAUGCUUAAAUCAAAUAAAUUAUUCAGACUCUUUUCUUUUUUUUUUA